GAACGACAGUGCUUAUCAACGAUCUUCCUUCUUAUUUCUGUUCUAAACUCAAACAAGAUUUUAAUUUUGUUCUUAACAAAAGUCACAAUAACAAAUAGCUAAAUAAAACAAUAUAUUAUCAUUAUAAUUUUUAACGAAUCCUAACAAUAACAAUAAUUGAGUGUUUUUAAGAGUUAUAAAUGGCAGCAAGUAAGUCGCUGAUUUUGAGUGGUUUCAAGGAAGAUUGUGAACGCCUGAUCUCUCGUUUCGAACAGGAGAAUGAUAUCAGAUUUCAAACGUUUUGCGAAAUUUGGAAAGAGAUGAAAUUUUCACUGGUGUUUACUGGACACCCUGCAUAUAUAGAAUUAUUACAAUUUUGUGAAGAAGCUCUAAAUACGUGCAAAAAGUUUCUUCUUUUGCCUCCACGUUUUAAAGAACGCAUUGGAGGAUUGUAUCUUUUAUAUGGAAUAUAUUAUAAAAUGCCAAUAAACCAAUUUAAAAUUAGAGUUAAACUAGAUGAUUGGCGAAGUAUUAUGGAAUUGCAUGCAGAAAUAAAAGAAGCCGAACACUUGGAUGCCAAUUAUGUGUUAUGUAAACUAAUAGCAGACAAUGCAUUUCAUUUUUGUAUUUUUGAUAAGGAGUUUGGGCUGGAAAAACAUUAUCGUACAAAAGAUGCACAAUCCUUCAAUCCAUAUUCAAUAUUACCAACACUAAAGGACUUGACAGACAAACACCCAAUGCUAUCGCAAAUUGACGAAUUAAGUAAAGUUUAUGAAGAAAAAAAACAAGCAUUGAUAUCAAAAAAUAAUUCAACAGCUAGUUUAAAUUUAUUUAAAGCAGGUAUUGCUGAAGAAAUUAUUAAUGAUAUUCGAAACUUUGAAGAACAAAGAAAAAAUCAACAGAUGAGAAAUAUGUAUGGUCCUGAAAGGUCUUGUAGUGCUUCAACUUCAAAAGAAGGACAUAAAAAAUCAUCUCAGACGAAAGGUACUUACAGAAGGAAAGGACGGUCGCUAAUUGAUGAUGGUUUCCAAUCGGAUUCAAAUGAAUCUGAAGUAGAAAUAUUAGAACUUGAAGAUUAUGACUCUGAUUUAGAUUCUGACUAAAAGAAAAAAAGAAGUAUACAUCUUUUAUCUAUGCCACUAACUUGUUAUUGCCGUGGGCGUCGUGGGCUAAGAUUUCAACUCGUGAUCCAUACUGAUAUAUUCUUCCAUUAGGAUGUAGUAAUGCUGCAGCUGCUCCAGAACCGCUUAACGAUAGCACGAUGUUAUUCU